CAUUUAUCAUUUCGAUUUCAUAGGUUAUGUUAAAAAUUUAAUCUAAUGUAAUUCCUGAUAUUUUCUAACUUUGAAUUUCAAUAUAAAAUUCAAAUUUGAAUUUAUUAAAAGCUUCUCACUAAUUUAUAUAUUUUUAAAGAUUAAUUGAUGAGUAUCUGUUUUAUCUUGUAUUGGUUACUUGAUUGAAAUGCCGGUAGGGCUAUGUGAAAAUUUUUUUCCUGCGAGGAUUUGAAUUCUCGCUAAGAUGACCCCGUCUGAGUUGCUGGAUGAAAUCGCACUCGAAGGGCUAGAUGGUAUCACCAUUGAGGCCCUUUGGGUGCGUCUGCGUCUCCGGAAGGGCUUCCUGCUUCCUCCGAAAGAUGACCAUGCCAAAGCCUACAUUUGGAACUUUGUUAGGCGACUGAGAAGCGUUGCCUUUUACAAACUGCAGGAACCAAGAAAGCCUCUCGUCGUUUUCGAUAGAUGGAGCAACGUGGAGGACGACCUGGGUUUGGUGAUUGACCCCAAACCUUUACCUGUUGACAUCUACCCACACUGCCUCAUCUCUGACUGUGAGAAGAAGAUCCAAGGCUCCUGUUCGUCAUACUACACACGUCAAGUAAUAACCAACAAAAUCCGUAAGCGUCAACUGCCAGAAGUUCUCGAAGAAUACGAUCCAGAAUCCAUAGUGAUCGUAGCCAAUCAGCACGCUAGACGAAUAGCUCUCAUGGGUACGCAUCAUAAUCCUGAUUUGGAACUAACUGAUUUCAUGUACUGUUGUUUGGAACGUAUUGGUAGAUCUAGGUAUCAUGGAGAAAUCACACAGGGUAAAAUGAGUCUGCAAGUGUUGGGCGUAGAUUCUAAGACGUUGUUUUAUUUCAGGAAGUUCUUAUUGGAAGAAAAGCUGAUCAUUGCUCAGUUGUUUCACAUGAAGGUUAAUAAUAUAAGCGUUUGUGGUAAGUUGAUACAUUUGCCCAGGUUCUAUCAUCUGGUGAAACCAAAAUUUGUGACGUUGACUGAGAAUAUUGUAGAGUUUUUAUAUUCUCAGCCGAACUAUGUGUGCGAGGUGACCAAGUUGAAAGAAUCGCUGGGGAUUACCUGUUGUUUGCGCAAACUGACCAAAAUUCCAGAGUUUCAGAAGUAUGUGAGAUCGGAUUCGAAAGCUUUGUAUCGUAGUGUGUAUCCGGACGCGGAGGAGAAGGACUGGAAACAACAAAAACAGGACAAAGAGAGACGCAUACAUGCUUUGUUUCUUGUCGACCCUUCUAUCGACCUGAAAGAGUUCAAAAGGAAGCUGGCGGGAAAUGAUGAUGAUGAAGAAAACAAAGAGGAGGAAGCCGAUGAGCAUAGUCAGGGGUUUUUGGAUCAGUCGUUGCGGGUCUUUGACCGCCCGAUCGUGUUGCAGGUGUGGAAAAUCUUGGAAAACGCCGGACCCAACGGCAUGUCAGCUACCGAACUUACUAAAGCGACCGGUUUGGGUAAACUGAACAUGCGCAUGAUAAUCAAAUACAUGGAGAAAAGUAAGAUUUGUGUAUCGUUUUUGGCCGAUGUUUCGAGGCAACGGGUGAGGCGGUAUGUGGUGAAUAGUGGCAAUAGAAUGGGUGACAUUAAGGCUGAGUUUAAUACGGAAGAGUUGAAGUUGAUCACUUUGAAAAACGUUGAAACUAAGUUGAGAGACAUUGAAGGGAAUAGUGCUGGUGAAGGUUGCUCAACAAGUGAAACCAAACCGUCAACUAGUUUACCGGAUUCAACUGAGAAACAUAUGAGUGUUAACGAAGUUGCAUCUACGUCAACGUCUGUUCUUCAAGAUUCAACUAUUAUCAAAGUUGGAGAAGCAAAUGAAAACAUUCUUCCAGAUGAAAACGACGGUGAAACAAGUGUUUCUAAAGUACAGGCAGUGAAUGAAGAACAUCAUGAUGAAAUUAUGGAAAUAGUUGAAGAGCGUAGUGCAGGAGAGAAGGAAGGAGAUGGAGCGAUGGGAGAAGAUAGCGUUGGAAAAGGAGGAGAAGAAGUUGUGGAGAAAGUAAUAUCGAAGCAAUUGAAAGGUAAAAAAGCGGUGAAAAGAUCUAGAGGUGGGGAGAAAGAGACAGAGCCUAAAAAAAUGAAAGUGAAAAUUGUUGCCGAUCUGAAUAAUGAGAAGGAAAUAGAAGUUGAGGAAAAUUCAUUGUCACAAGUCAGGGAUGUAAGUAUGGAAUCAAGUGAUAAGAAAACUGAUUCUGUUAAUGAACCCAGUGUAAGUAGUAAGAUGACAGUAGAAGAAGCUAGUAAGAUCGAGAUUAAUAUCGAAAUCACAGACGAUCUGAACUGGUUGAAAGAGCGCGGGAAAUUCGGCAAAUUCGGUGCCGAAGGAGCCAAAACGGUCAGAUCGCUCAAACGCUGGAACUGGAUUCUGGAAGCCAUCCAAGCUCAGAAAGUGAUCACUAAUUUUAAAAACCUUCAAUCAGUCAUCGAUGACCACGAAAGAGCGGAAGGUAAUAGUGGUCGUAUCGACCGCAAAUCGUUGGUGAGAAUUCUGUACAGGAUGGGCGUGGAAAGGUUGAUAAAAUUCUACAAAGUUUAUUUGAAAUCGGGGGACACUGUCCAGGAUAUUAACUUCAUUUGUAACCCAUCAGUAACCCCCGACGAUCCCAUCAUCAAGUUUGCAAUCGAUCUGGCGAAGCUGAAGUUCACCUCAAAGGUAAAACUACAACACGACAACGCUUUGAAACAGGAGAGUAAAGCUGUGGCUAAGGAAGAUGUAGUUUUGACUAAUAAGUUCGAUUUCAGUGAGGAAUACAAGUCGAACCUCGAUGUACCGAAAUUUAUGAGGAUGAGAUACCUACACAUGUUCAUGUAUUAUUUAGUAUACGGGUAUGAGGGGGACGUAAAUUUAGACCAGACGGAAGCAGCUCAACAGAUCCGAGUCUCGCAAGGCUUCGAAGUCGACGAUUUGGAAUCGAUGUCGUUCAUCUACGUACCCAAUGCAAGUUGGAAAAUGUUUGUGCCUCCCCUGCCUGAACACCACGAGUACAAAGAUGGUUGGGCAUUGUUGGCCGACAUUAUACUCCGUCUACCGUUAUCCAUGUUUAUGAAUCUGGUGCGACUGUCUCACAUCGUACCCAACGUCGAGCUAUACUUGGAUCACCCUGUAAAGCGUCACAUACUAGUCAAAGAUCUCCCUGUGAACGUCAGGAAUUGUUUGUUACACAAGAGGAAGUAUGUGUUCAGUAUUUAUGAGGUGGCAACACGGCUAGCCUACAUUGGGUUGGUUCAGUUGGGACCUCAAAACAUGAAAGAAAAGGAUCAUGUAUUUAUGUAUGUGAACAGAAAUGGCUUGUUGUUAGAUACGAAAAUCUCUCGCCUUGGUUACCACAAAAUCUCUGAUGAUAUUGACUACAAUGAGAUCAGGUAUUACUUUGAGGCAAUGGUGGAUGUGGAACGCUACUGGUUGGAUUUGUGGAAAAUAUGUAUGCACACAAAGUUGGGUAAUCGAUCGAGUGUGAUUGGCACUGAUGUGAUCAUAGAGCAUAUUCAGGAUAAACCAGAUAUGAUCAAUAUUUUGUUGGCGAGGACCAGGGAAGAAGUUGUGGAGAAAGAUGUGGGGUACCUCCCGGGAGACAAACUUGGAGCAGCUGGAUUUGAUUCAGCGUUGUUUUCGCAUUUGAAACGUAACUGGGCGUUUAAACCGUUCCCGAAAUCGAGAUUGAAAUCCGUGUUGACAGUGCCAGACAAACCCAAACAAAAACUUAGGAAACCGUUCAAGUUUGCCGAAAGUAGAAACCAGAUGGUGUACUCGUUGCUGGCGAAACGGAGGAAGAAUUUGGUGGGGACCACAAGGAAACAGGUGACUACCACCACUGUUAAGAGUAGUAUAGUUAACAGGAAACAGGUUUUGUCACACAAGCCGCGUGUGACGGUGCGCCAUGUCAAACCGAGGCGACCUGUGAAGCAACGUCGUCCUUUCUACGACCAAGUCGAUCGCGAGGCGUUAAACUGCAUGAGCAAGUUGAGAGUCAACUGGUCGAAAGCUGAAGACAAACUGUUACUUUUGUGUAAAGUUGUGCAAUCAAUGAUAUCACCCCAGAUAAAAUCGGCGAUACUAGGUAACAUGUACAUAUCGUUCCGUGAAAUCCUCCACAAAACGUUCCCGAAUUCGAGGAACAAAACGUCGCGCGCAUGUCAGAGACGUAUCAACUACAUGCUGCGUUCCCAAAGCACCUGUCAUAGUUUGAGUCUGUGCAUUGAGGAACUACGUCAGGAUCCCGUCAUCAUGGAAACCUACGGCGAUUUGUUCGAGAAACUGAAAGCCAAAUACGAGAACAAACAAAGGGUGAUUGAAAACAAAGCGCAAUUGGUCGCUGAGUGGAACAUGCAUUUCAAGAAUUUGUACGACAUUCUCGAAAAACGAUUUGAUGAUUUCUCGAUAAUGUCGUUGUCAAGUGUGACGUCAACCCUGCCUGAUACCAUUGAAGAGUUCCAUGCUAACUACAACGUCAUAGAACCUACAAAGAAAGUAAAAACCAAACACGUGUUCAACACUGUGCAAAAUAUAAACGACAUAUAUAGUUCUGUGAUAAACUCAACAAUUCACAGCGCCCUCUGUUGUUCCUCGGACAAAACGUCAUGGUCCUACCACUUGUUCAGUGUCUACCAACAGUAUCCUGAGAAACUUCUCCGUUCAUCACUGGCCAAAUUGAGGACUAGUCUGAUGGUGUCGUUGAAACGAGCGUGGUCUCGCACAAAAAUGCGGUCGGGCAACUAUCUCCCUCUAACUGCCUCGCCGUACCGUCUCUCCAUCUCUUACAUCAACCUGAUGGCAGCCAAGUACACAUCGGACAUAUUCCCCGAAAGCUACGAACUGCAGAAGGCAAUUGUGCAAUCUAGAAAGCUGGACGUGCAAGCUACUUGUGGGGGUAUGGCUGCGGCCAUAGUGCGGCUGAUGACUGAUGAGUGGGUCGAUUUCGAGAUCGGCAUUCCAGAUCAGGUGAUUGUGCUCAAUCCCAACAUUCAGGGAAAAGAUGAAAAGUACACGCGCCUGAUGAAACGGUACCAGGAGAUUCUAUCCAGUUACAAACACGAAUUACUGACGACUUCAUGUUUGUUCAAGAAAGACAAUUACUCAACUGUCGACUCUGUUGAGGACGACGAAGAUAGCACAGAGCCGUUGAAUAAUAACACAAUCGCGAGAACGGCUAGUAGGAUAGCUUUGUACCUUGUAAAAGAUUCAGAAGAGGUCGGUGGUAUGAUUCCAGAAGAUCUCCAACAUGUUCACGAUUUUUUCGUUGUGAAUUCGUGCACAGUUGUGACCAACCUACGAUCUAAUGUAACUGAAGAACAGAUGAGAUUGGUUACUGACAUGCAAGAUGUACUUACUUUCCAGAAACAGCUGGAAGAAAACGUGAUUUUCCCAUCUAACCUGAUGAUCGAUCUGAAUGUAAACGAAGUUUUGAACGACAGUUUUACCGGCGACAGACGUGAUAAAGCGAUAAAACUGUUGGAGUUGGCUAGAUCAGAAGGUAAUAUAGGAUUGAUGUGUGGGAAGAUUGUAGAAGAGUUCGGUAAUAGCUUGGAGGUGAAAGAAAUUCUCGACGAACUUUGUAAGUUGAAGUUGUUAGUGUGUACAGGUUUGGUGAACAACACCUACGUUCAUCACAAACAUGCCAGACCGUGGUUGGUGCAUACAUACCCCAACAAACGUAAUGAGAGAGAUAGUAGAGUACCGAUGGCUCGAUGUGUGAUGGAAUUGGGAGAAGAAGAUGUGGGGGAGAAAGAGAACGAAGACACAAAUAUCGUUUUAGAAGAAUAUGUAGAGAUGCAGGAAAUCGUUCAAGAAGACAAAAAACCUGAAGACUUUGUUGAUUGUGAUGUGCUAGUUGUAGAUGAUACCGGAUUAAAGGUAAAAGAAGAAGGGGAUAAAAUGUGCGUUAUCGAUGUGGUGAAACCGGGAAGUAGAAAGAGAAACAUAAGAAGAGUCGAUGUUACGAUGGAAGUUGAUUGUGAGAAUAGGAUGGAAGAAGAGAAAGGAAUGGAAGAGGAAAAUAUAGAUGAAAAUAGUCGCAUAUAUGUUGCAGAAGAAGAGAUGUAUGUGGUAGAGGUAAAGGAUUUAGAAGAAGAGAUGUAUGUGGAAGAGGUAAAGGAAUUAGAAGAUGUUGCAGAAGAAGAGAUGUAUGUGGAAGAGGUUAAGGAAUUAGAAGAAGUUGAGAAAUGUAAUGAAGAGUUGGAGAAGAAGGAUGACGUUGAAGCAUCUUUUGAGAAAGAAGGAGAGGAAGAAGUAUUUGUUGAAGGACUAGAGGAGACCACACCUGAAGAUUUUGGAAUAAUGGAAGAGAAUGUUAAAGCUUUGGGAGAAGAUUCUUCAACAGAAGGAGGUGUAUUACAAGAAUGUGUAGAAGAAUUGAAAGAUGGAGAUUCUAGACAAGUAUUCUUAGUUCAGGAUGAUGAAUCCAAUAGAAGUUUGCAAGAGACUGAAGAAGGUGUAAGCUGUCCUAGCAAAGAAGGAUUAAUAGAAAACUGUGAUAAAUCAGGGAACAUUAGUCCAGCUAAAGUCUCAAUUACGGAAAGUUUCGAAGAUGUGAAUGUUGGUGCAAGCACUUCUAAACAAUUUGAUGAAAAGUUGAUAGAAGAUGACAUGAUUGUAUAUUCGUAUGAGAUGGGAGGAGAUGAAGGACAGGGUGAUCAAGUAUCGGCAACAACUGGAAUAGACCAAGUUUUGUCUGUAGUAGGUAUUCAUUUCAAUUUAGCUGAAGAAUGUUCUCCUGUGAAAAGUGAUCUACAGUUGAAACAAACUAACUCAGAUGGAGGUUUGUGUCUGGACCGUUUCAAAGAUGUCAACUUUGGUGCAAGUACUUCUAAAGAUGUAGUAUGUUUUACAGAAGAUGUGGUGAAUCAGGGAAGUGGAGACAAUGAAACCAUUAGUGAUAAAAGGGCAAGAUUAGCGGCAACGUCAAGGAGAACUAGGUCAACCUCAAAAUCGGAGGACCCAGUUUUGACCGAACCCACCAAAACUGCAAAAGAAACCGACCAUCGCAAUCUCUCGGAACCGAUCAAGGUCCUUAUGCGUCCUUGGGUCAGGAUUGACGGCACAAUCAACCGCAAAAGUUUGGACUUUAUGUUGUCUUCGGUUUUGAGCCACAUUAUGCAACACCCUUUAGCCACCCUCGCCGAACUGCAGCACAGGUUUCUACCAGCCCUGCAACCCCAGCACACUAGAGAACUCGCUGAAUUCUUGGAGAAGUUGAAGUGUGUCGAAAGUAGUGUGUGUGUGAAAUCUGGAAAACCAAGUUUGUUUUCUAAGCCGUGUGAAGUGGUGAUCAAGAAGGCGACCGGUCUGGAGCCUCCCUCUGAGAUUCGUAUUGAAGCUAAUAAGGACGCCAUUGUUAAUUUGGGGAAGUUCAUCAGUACUAAAAAGUACGGUGAAGGGUUUUUAACCCAACUAGUCGAUAAAUAAACAACUUGUUAUUACUAAAGUAUUUAUAUAUUGAUCUCUUCAGCCUUAUGCUGCACUUUGUUAUACCAUUUCGAUAAUUUAGCAUUGUUGAUAGCAAAUUUAGUUUCAUCUCGUACAUAUUCCACAUUCCAUUGAUGUGUUUAUUUUAUGAUUAUUCCAUUGCAGUUUGCUAAUUAUAUUGAUUGACUAUUAAUUGAUUUAUUGUACUCAUCAGGAUGGUACUCCAAAAUAUAUUACAAUGACGAUUUAAAUGAGAAUAAUUACAAAAAUGAUACCACAAAAUUAUGUAUCAUGUUGUGAGUUUAUUAUAUGCUUAAUCUAUUGCAGUUUUAUAAUUCCAUUUUUUGAAUAUUCAUUGAUUUAGUGAAUAGUUACACAAUAUAUUACAAUGGGUUGUGAAUGAGAAUAAUUACAAAAAUGAUAUCACAAAAUUAUGUAUCAUGUUGUGAGUUUAUUAUAUGCUUAGUCUAUUGCAGUUUGCUAAUUAUAUUGGUUGAAUAUUGAUUUUUGUACUGUACUCAUCAGGAUAGUACUCCAAAAUAUAUUACAAUGACGAUUUAAAGGAGAAUAAUUACAAAAAUGAUAUCACAAAAUUGUGUAUUGUAUCAGUUUUGAGUUUAUUAUAUACUUAGUCUAUUGCAGUUUUAUAAUUUCAUUUGUUGAUUUAGUGAUCUGAUCACGAUAGUACUCCACAAUUUAUUACAAUGAUGAUUGUGAAUGAAAAUUUUCACAAACGAUAACACAAAAUUGUGUAGGCUAUCAUAUUAUGUUGUGUGUUCAUUAUAUGCUAAGUCUUUUGCAGUUUUAUAAUUUCAUUUGUUGAAUAUUCAUUGAUUUAGUGAACUGAUCAGGAUAGUACUCUACAAUACAUUAUAAUGAUGAUUUAACUUCGAAAUAUAAGCAAUGAUAUCACAAAAUUUAUGCAUCUUAUGUUGCAAAAUGUUGGAUAGUGUUGCCAUUUCUCUACUGGUUUUCUACUUAAAAAAAUACAGUUACUGAUUAUUAUAUUUUAUUUUCUAACGCGGUUUUAUUUACUUUUGCUUAUUUGAAUUAUCUGUUAACUGUUUCGAUAAAAGCCAUUUAAAGAAGCAAAUUGUGAAUGAAUAUGGUUAAUUUGAUGUUAUGAGAAAGUCAACUGUAAUAAUUAUACAAAUGAAAACUGUGAAUUAAAAUAAUAUUGUUUAUUGUCUACAAUAAUUUAAGGAUUAUAUCUGACUCUUGCAAUAUACUAUGAUGCUUAUAUAUGGAAAUAUUACAAAUUGUGAAUGAAUAUGGUUCAUUUGUUGUUAUGAGAAAAGUACAUUGAUUUAUUUUAUGUUAUGAGAAAGUCAACUAUAAUAAUAUUGUUCAACUGAAUAGUAUUUGCGAGAUAAAUAGAAUGAUGAAAGUAUUAUUGUUUACUGUCUAGAAUAAUUUAAUGAUUAUAUCCGACACUUGCAGUUUACAUUGAUUAUUGUAAGUGGAAAUAUCACAAAAUUAUGUCUCUCACCAUAUUACAAGAUGUUGGAUAGUGUUGCAAUUUUUCAACUGGUUUUCUACUGUUUAAAGAUGCAGAUACUGAAUAUUAUUUCACAUUUUCUGAAGCUGUUUUCUAUUUAGUUUUGCUUAUUUGAAUUGUCUAUUAACUGUUUUGAUAAAAUUCAUUUAAAGGAGGAUAUUGUGAAUGAAUAUGGUUUAUUUGAUGCUAUGAGAAAAGCCAACUAUAAUAAUUAUACAGAUGACAAUGAAAACUGAAAACAGACAAUAAAAAUAAUAUUUUUUAUUGUCUACAAUAAUUCAGAGAUUAUGUCUGACACUUGCAAUAUACAAUGACGACUGUAUAUUCAAUCUCCAGAUAAUGAUUAUUGUAAAUGGAAAUAUUACAAAUAUCUCAAAGUUAUGUCUCUUACCAUAUUGCAAGUUGUUAGAUAAUGUUGUCAUUUUUCAUCUGUUAUGAUUAAGAAAUACAGUUACUAAAUAUUAUAUCUCAAUUUCUAACGCAGUUGUUGUAUUUUCAUUUGAAUUAUUUAUUAAGUGUUUUGAUAAAAGUUAUUUGAAGAAGAAAAUGGUGAAUGAUUAUGAUUUACUUGAUGUUAUUAGAGUCGAUUGUGUGUAGAAAAAUCCUGUAAUUGUACAACUGAGUAUUGUUUGUGAGAUAAAUAAUAAAUGUUUACUGUCCACAAUAAUUCAAGUAUUAUAUUAGGCACUUUUUGCUACUUUGCCUCUCAAUCGAGCUCGGCUGGUAUUAGUUCUCCAUGUCAUGUUUCAUGUGAUUUCAUUAUUUUCUACAUUACUUUUGAAUAAAACAUUCACAUUUUCAAUAUGA